UUGACGUCGACCAGUUAUGUGUGCUGUGUGGCUCUUAUAACUACCCAAUUCUACCCACACAACCUUGUAUUAUCCACCUUAUCUUACCUGAUACUAAGUGAUAAUUGUGAUGGAUGUGUUAUCCUAAAUGCGGGUGUGGGAGAGGUUAUGGCGCUGGCCAGGUAUUUGACAACAACCUGAUAGUAUUAUCCAUCAGUAUACAGACCAAUGAGAUGUCACGAAGCGUUUGUGUGGAGGGGAGAAGUGUUAGUGCUAGAGAGUGAACUAUCAGUGCUGCAAACUGAACUAUCAAUAUUUAUGGCUAAAAUAUAAGUGCUUGAGAGCGAACUGUUAAGUUUAAGUGUAUGUAUAGUGAAGUGUAACCUCGCGUUGCGAGGCCUCCACAUACACUCCUACACUCACGCUGGAAAUAAGUGUGGAUACGGAAAAGUUGACAGUGGCGUCGUUAGAGGGACGAGAAGUGAUGAAGAUGGCUGCUGACCCAGCUAGUGGACUGCUCGACCAAGAUAUACUGCAAGAUCACUACAUCAUCGCUAACAACUUCAAUGAUGACCCACAUUUCACUGACCUGGUUAGACAAGCAGAAACGUCUAUAGAAAGUGGAAUAUACCCAGAGAGAAUAUACCAAGGUUCCAGUGGUAGCUACUUCGUUAAAAAUAGCAAUGCAAAAGUCAUUGCUGUAUUUAAGCCUAAAGAUGAAGAACCAUAUGGUCGCCUUAAUCCAAAGUGGACAAAGUGGCUACAUAAAGUAUGCUGUCCUUGUUGUUUUGGUCGCUCUUGCCUCGUUCCCAACCAGGGAUAUUUGUCAGAAGCUGGAGCCUCGCUUGUUGAUCAGAAGUUACAGCUCAAUGUUGUUCCUAAAACUAGGGUCGUGAAAUUAGCCAGUGAAACUUUCAAUUAUACAAGGAUAGAUCGUGAGAAAUCUAGAGCGAAAAAGUUGGUUUCUGAAAGAUUUCCCAAAGUAGGUCGGCAUUUCCACAGAAUUGGACUUCCCCCAAAAGUUGGAUCAUUCCAAGUGUUUGUGGAGGGCUUCAAAGAUGCUGAUUACUGGCUACGGAGAUUUGAAGCCGAGCCUCUAGGAGAAACAACCAGCAAACAGUUUCAGCUACAAUUUGAGCGCCUUGUUAUUUUGGACUACAUAAUCAGAAAUACAGACCGCGGUAAUGACAACUGGUUGAUAAAAUAUGACAAACCAGAACUAGCCGAUGAAGGAGAGGGUGAGGACUGGUCACUGGUGAAACCUCCUGAAGUCAAAGUGGCUGCCAUUGAUAAUGGCCUCGCCUUUCCAUUCAAGCAUCCUGAUUCAUGGCGAGCCUACCCUUACCAUUGGGCUUGGCUUCCUUGGGCCAAAAUUUCCUUCAGUAAUGAAACCCGAGAUCUUGUCCUUCCAUUGCUGUCAGACAUGAAUUUUGUCCAAGAGCUUUGUGAUGAUAUGUAUAAGUUGUUUCAGACUGACAAGGGAUUUGAUCGUCACAUUUUUGAACGCCAAAUGUCUGUAAUGCGUGGACAGAUUCUAAACUUGACCCAAGCCCUUAGAGAUGCCAAGAGUCCCGUGCAGUUGGUUCAGAUGCCUGCUGUCAUAGUUGAAAGGUCAAAAGGGAGAGUUGGUACAACUGCCCGCUUUCGAUCCUUCAGCGACACAUUCACACAAUCAUUCCAAGAAAAAAGUCCGUUCUUCUCAUGGUGCUGAGGGAAAAUGACAGUAUAAUUUUUCUCCCAUGACACUGCUGAAUCAGCUCUUUAUAUAUUUUGACAGGUUCUUAAACAUGGUUCGGUUAGCUAUCAUUAUACUCUUUUGAUAGUGUGGGUUUGUUUAAAAAGUAUUUACAUGUACAGAAAAGUGUCUUACUGGUAUUAAAUUAUAAAAUGUACUCAAGAGCCUUGAUCAUGUAUAAGAAUGGGGGGUAAUCACUGCAUAUAAAGCUGAAUUUUACAAUAAAUAAUAUAUGUACAUUUUUACACUUAAAUCAGGAUUGCCAAAUGAGGAAAAUGAAAGGUAUUGGUCAUGAAAAUGCACAAUGCUUGAAAUCUCAUAUAAUGUGACUUUCAUGGUAAAAGUGAUCCAGGUUCUACUCUAUACAAAAUUUGAAUACUUAACAUUAAGCCUUGACCUUACUUUUGAGACAGUGGGUUGGAGGCUGCACUUUAAAACAAUCCAUAAGAGUGCUUUCUCAUUCUUGAUCUAUCAAAAAAUGUUCAUUGAUUUAUCUCUAUCAUUCUUAAGCUGCAUUCUUAUUGUUAAAUAAAGGUUUUCAGUUU